CCGUGUCAAUUAGUCAGAUCCGGAGGCUUUUUUCAUUGUGAAGUUAGGUUGAGCAGCAGUUAGAUGGAGGAAGCUUCUUAGUGAAUGUUGAGUGUAUUCUGUUAGAGUCUGCUAAUAGAGCCAUGACUGGAUUUCUUUGGCUGGGCAGUAUGAAUUGUGAAAGGUCAUGGCACUGAGUCCUGAUGAUGAAGACUAUGACACCUCUCAGUCCAGGGCCUCAGCAAGACUAAAACCUCGGCCAGCCCCUUCAUCAGGACCCAAAAUCCUUCCUCACAAGUCAACCAGUGGUGCGCGCAGACGCAGAACACGAUGUCGCAAAUGCGAAGCCUGCUUGCGGACGGAGUGUGGAGAAUGCCACUUCUGCAAAGACAUGAAGAAGUUUGGAGGCCCUGGCAGAAUGAAGCAGUCCUGUAUCAAGAGGCAAUGUAUUGCUCUGGACAUUAAUGAGAGUUAUUUUUUGCUUUUGGAGCCUGUGCUACCACACACUGCAGUAUGCAAGAUCUGCGGUGAGGCAGGAAAGGAAGACAAUGUGGUGGAUGAAGCGGAGAAAUUUAAUGCUAGCUUAAUGGAAUGCUCCAUCUGCAAUGAAAUAAUACACCCAGGUUGUUUAAAGGUGGAAGAUUCUGAAGGGCUUAUAAAUGAUGAGUUACCUAAUUGUUGGGAAUGUCCAAAGUGUAACCAGGAGGGAAAAACUGGCAAAAAGAGAGGCCCUGGGUUUAAAUUCGCCUCCAAUCUUCCUGGGUCUCUCUUAAAGGAGUUUAAAGAAGGUGAAGAUGGAGGGAGACGGAAAUCUGAAGAUCUUGGACGUCCAAGAAUGGAGGAAUAUCAUUCCAACAGGCGGAAAUCUGAUGAUGGACUAGGACUCAAACGAAGAAAAGACAAAGAUCUUCCAACAGAUUUGGGUCCAAGGAAAAAGCUGAGAGGAGGAAAAGAUGACAAACUUCAAAAGAGGAAGAAAAGGAAAGUGACUCCAGACUCUGAAGAAUCCAACAAAGUAAACCACCUGGAAAGAUCAGAGCAUGCAGACAGGAUAGAACGGAUACGACAAAUGAUGAAACGUGUCAACCGAAAUGAAGCCAGCAGCUCCAGCUCUAGUUCGGAUUCUGACUCCGAUUCUAGCUCUGGUUCAGAAUCGAGCCUCCAGAGAUCAGAAGGAAGCAGUGGAGAAUCUAGUCCAAGGUCUAUUGCAAAGACAGAUAGCCAAAGGUCAAAGCUCAGAAGAUUUUCCAAUGACAUUUUUAGUGAGGAGGAUGAUGAAGAGGAGGAGGAUGAAGAUGAAGAGAAUGCAAGGAAUACAAAAUCCAGUUUGCUUUCUUUGGCUUCAAAAGUUGCGGAAAAUAACUAUUAUUCCUUAAGAGGGGAAAAUAUUCAAAAAAACUCCUUCAGGACAGUGGAGGUUUCAUUGAAGAAGAAAAAUGGACCAUCCAGUCAGCUUUGUCACAAGGUUCUAGGAAAUAUAUCUCGACCUCGGAUACUAAGCAAACUCCCAGUGCAGUCUCCUCCCAAGCCAUUUCAAAUGGAGAGACAUGUGGUUCGUCCUCCACCUGAUAGCCCUGAACCUGAUUCUCUACCACUUACUAGUGGAUCGGAACAUGUGGUGCAAAGAGAAGUGUGGCUGGCAAUAUUCAGUUACCUGAGCCAUAGGGACCUAUGCAUCUGUAUGAGAGUAUGCAAGACAUGGAAUAAAUGGUGUUGUGACAAGCGGCUGUGGACCACCAUUAACUUGAGCCGCUGCAAAUCGAUCACUCCAACAAUGCUGAGUGGGAUCAUCAGGAGACAGCCCAUCAUACUAGACCUUAGCUGGACAAACGUCUCAAAAAAACAACUCAGUUGGCUCAUAAACAAGUUGCAAAAUUUGAAAAUUCUGGCACUAGCAGGAUGUAUUUGGAGUGCAAUCUCUGCACUUUGUACAUCAAGUUGUCCUCUUCUACGCAUGCUCGAUCUUCGCUGGGUGGAGGAUCUCAAAGACUCGCAGAUGAGGGAGUUGCUGUCACCACCUACAGAUUGCAGAGUAGGUCAUAACCAGAGCAAACUGUGCAACCUGACAGAAUUUCACUUAGCGGGUUUGGAUAUUACUGACUGCUCGUUGGCACUGAUGAUACGCUACAUGCCAAUGCUGAACAAGCUGGACCUGAGUCAGUGUAACCACGUGACUGAUCAAUCCAUUGCCCUCUUGACAGCUGCUGGAUCUUCCACACGAGAAACACUGACUGAAAUUAACCUUUCAGGUUGCCAUCGAAUAACAGACCAGUGCCUGUUGCUGCUUCAACACUGCCCAAACCUUAAUCGAAUUGAUCUUCGGAAUUGCAAACUGAUUUCUUCCCAGGCUUGUCAGCAGCUUGUGGAAGGGCUAACAGGUGUCACCCCCUUUGAACUCGUGGAAGACAAACUGUUAAAGAGAAGCAGUUUACAAUUGACAAAGUAGCCUCAUGGACGCCGAUAAGCCUUGCCAGAAUGUUCCUCCAAGUCCUGACUGAGACAGCACAAUUCAACCUAUUGGGGAACUGUCUCCAUUCUUCUAGCCGAUUGCUUUCUGUGUAUCUGUAUGGACCAUGCUGUGACAUUCUGGAGUUGUCAUGGCAAUCAUGUCUUUCACUGCUGGUAAAGUCAGUGAUCCAGUGACAGCUGUAUAGUUUUGGAGGAAAAUUACUGGUGUAAUUAUCUUGGCCUAGAAAAUGAAGCAUGAUUUUUGGACAAAAAUGUUUUUAUAUUGCAAAUACAGGGUUUUAAGCAUUACGCUCUGGUAAUAAUUCCCUCCUCCCUUUCCCUUGCCCCCAAAAGAGAGAAGUGUAGAUUUAGAAAAUAUUUAAAAGUAUACAGAACUUGGAGGUAUACAUAAAUUUUCUGAUAUAAUGCUUAUUUGGAAAUAAGAACACAUGGGCUUAAAGAUGGACUGUAAUUUAGUUUUGGAAAAGACAAUAACUGGUCUGCCUGUCUAAAUUUGAUUGCAGUCCAAAAUAAUACUCAGUACUUCUAAUACAGUACAUUUUUAAUUACAUUUCUUUUAUUCCACUGGAAUGUACACUGUUUCAGUAGACAUUCAGUUACCACACUGCAUUUCUAAAUUUUGAUGAAUAGGUGGUGCAUGAAUUAGCACAUUAAUACUGAAAUGAGGUCAGUCAGUCAGUUUGCAAAACCUCAUUGGUGAAAUAAUUCCUGUAAUUAAUAGAUUUGAUUCAUUCCUUCAAUGGAUUUUUCUCAGUGACUUCCUAUUCCUUGGUCAAAACGGUCAGCUCAUUUAUUUAGGUUACAUCGGUUGUUAUGAGAUUUGAGUCCUUUUCAAAUUUGUGGAGAAAGGAUGCGCUUUCAAACUGAAAGUCCUCAUGGCCCAUAUUGUUUUAUGUUUCAUCACAACAUUAUGUUAUCGGAUGUGUUUUAAUAGUGAUCUACAAUAACAUUGUAGUUUUUAAAAUGCUUCAUGGCAACCCAAAUUACCUAAUUAAGUGAGUACAUAGUGCUUUAAUGGGAAAAAUGUGAAAUGUGCAGUGAUUACAUUUAGUAAAUAUGAAUACUCUGAAGGAAUAUCUUUGUUUUGUCCACUAAACGUGACAAAAAAAUAAAAGCAUGUUAAGUUUUAGACCAAUAGCUAAACAAAUAUGUAAGAUUUUUGAGAGUCCUAUUGUACCAGCUUGUUAUAUUCCAUCACUACAGUUCUAGCCAAGGAACAGAAAUAUUGGGAAUUUUAGCCAGGUUCAUUGUCUUAUUUUGUUUUUGCACUGGCAAUGUCUUUUUAAAAAAGGAAUGUGUGUUGGGUAAGGCACUGGAUUUUAUAAUAAUUGAGUUUAAUUAUAAAUAACCAUUCCCACCCUAACACACCCCUUGCCAAAAAUGUGGGCAGUUGUUCCAUUGUACUGUAAACAUUACUGGUUCACUAACAAUAGAUUUUAAAUGGAAUCUGUAACAUCAGCCUGUAAAUAGCAGCAGAAAUUAUUUUUUAUCUUGUGUAUGCUGCCAAACACUUAACUAAAUGGAAAUGUUAUGAGUAUUUUCAGUUAUUACCAUAGAAAGAACACUGGAGAAAUCAAAUUUAAAAAAAAAGAUAAAACUUCUAAAGGUAUGAGUGAAUUAGUUUGUCAGUGAGAAGCCUCCAUGUUGACAGGACCAGCUCUGAACCCCAAUUCCCUAUGACCUAGCCUGCUCCAGUGGUCAAACUCAACAUCCCUCCAGUUGUUCCUUCCCACAGUGACCUCGACCCUGCUAGCCUCGUCCCUACCUACAUCAUCAGUAUAACUUGUAGCAUUAAGACAUCUCAAUUCUCUAUACCUUUCUAUUACCUGGUCUACAUCGAUACCAGCAAGCUGGAAACUCAGACCCACCAUGCCAUCAGAUGACUUCUUAAAAUCAAUAUAUUUUCUAAUAGUGAACAAGGGGAUCUGAGUCUCCAGCUUGGGGAUGGAAAGACCACCAUUCCUAAUUUCUGCAGCUCUAAUGGAGCUUUUAGUGUUGAGCCAGUGCAAAAUGACUCCAGUGGUUUGCUGCACUCAUUUUGGUUUACUCAUUUAAAACUGUCUCCUUCCUAAGAACAAAGAUUCUUGGGUCCUGUAUUUUAGUGGCUUGAUUUUCCACCAAGUAAACCCAUGCCAAUACAUUGCACCCAUCCUUGAGCUUCAGUCAUUAAUCUGCUCCCUGCUGGGAGUGGGAGUUGAUGGAGAACUUAGAAACUAAGUUAUCAAUGUCAGGCUUCAAAAGCAAUGCAGAUGUGCUGCUUGUCUCCCUUCUCCACUAGAUGUAUUAGCAGUACAUAAUUGCAAGUACUGGCUACAGCAUGCCACCUGCGGAUAAUACCUGAUCUGAGUAUGUCACGUAAACAAAAAUAUGAAAAGGAAUUGAACCUCUUUCACAAUUGCCCUUAAGAUGGUAGAUGGUUCAUUGCACUUGGACCAAGUCAAGAUAGUGGCAGUUAUAAAGAUGCUUGCAUUACAUUGAAGCACUUGUUGCUUUGUACAAACACCGAGGGAUUAUUCCAGUGGGGUUGGAAAUGGAUUAUAAUAGAAAAAGGAUGUGUAAUAAAUGUAUGGCUAACCGCAAGACUUUGUUUGAUCCAAAGGUAGAAUGAUCAGGAUUAAAAAUGCUGAUAAAGGUAUGAUAUUCUGAAGAAAUUUGAUCCCCCUUUCAAUGUAGUACAGGCUUGUAACUUUAUUGAUCAGUAGGUUAAGUUCCACAUGUGAAUAUCUAAACAUCUCAGCUGAGCAAUCAACUGUUGACGCUGUAUCAACACCUGAUACAAAUGGUCCCUAAAUGUCUGUGGAGGAUUUUUUUUUCUCUUUUGACAUAGGCUUUUCCUGCAGUUCUGAUCACCAACCUGUGUCUUUUGAUUUAGGUGGCACUGUACUAUAUACCAGGUUUCGUGGUAGCAACUUGGCUCAAUGGAUGGUGCUAUUUACAUAUGUGCACUAUGAAAUCAAGCUGUGUGUAUAAAUACAUUUUAUAUGCAUAAUGAGCAUUGGUACAUUUGUUCAUCCACUUAUCUAAAGGUGCAAGGAUCUUAGCAUGUAAGUUGGUAACCAUAGUAUAAUAGCACUUUGACACAAAUUUCAUGGAAUGUUUUGCAUUCAAUAGAAUUAUAUAGUACUCUGAACAUUUCCUGUGGUCUGCAACUCUAAUAACCAAUAUAGAAUUGACUAUUCUAAAUUUUCCACAAGUUUUCUUCCGAAUGUAUUGUUGAUACAUUAAACACACACUGCAGAAAGAUGCAGCUGACAGGAACAGCCCCCUCCUCUUUGUGCUAAAUUGAAAGUUAUAAAUGUUGAUUUUCUUUUUUUCAAAAAAAAAUGCAAACCAGGACCUAGAAAACAUUUCAAAACACUUUAAUUGGAAAUGUAACAUCUCUUUAAAUUUACCUCUUUUAAGAUUCACAAUUUUUUUUGAUUUUGCUAAUUCCUGUGCAUUUUAUUUAAAUUCUGUGUAUUUCUUUUUUCACAAGGAUAAAAUGAAAAUUGAUUGUGAUAAAUUCAAUAAAAUCCCCCUAAAUGGUGAUGGCAAUUAAUUAGCUUGAUAAGGGGGAUAUAGGUGAUACUGGAUUUGAUGUCUAUUGAGAGGAAUCACCUGUGCUGGUUGUCUCAGCUGAAGCAAGUGUUAUGUUGUUCGGCCAGAGGAGCAACUCUUAGCUAUUGAUGGAUAGUCAGACAGGAGCUUUGCUUCACUCAAUGAACACACAAAUUUCUGGGUCAUUUUAUUAGUUUGAGAGAACAAAGCAGAGUUACAAAACAUGCACCUGAAUGUAGAAAUUCCCAAGUUUACUGCCAAUACUUAACUCCUUUGUAGGACAUUGUUCUGCCUGUUGUUGUAGCAUUCUCUUAACCCACUGUUUUUUAAAUGACAACAGCACAAUAUCUUCCAGAUGAGUCUACUAAUAUCACUAGUUCUCUUACUAGGUCUCAGAUAUAUUUCAUUUCAAAUGAAAGCAGAUUACAGUUUGCCAAGAUGAAUGUUGGCAAUGCAAAAAUAUUUCCACCCAAAAAAGUUGCACAGUUCUUAAGCCACCUCAGAAUGAAAUUUGUCAGAGUUGCUUUGUGAAUAUUUUUCUAUAAAAUAUUUAAAUGAAUACAGCCUGUGGUAAAAAAAUUAUGAAAUUUAACCAGUGAACUAUAGAAACAUGACGGAAGCCAAUGUUAAUUUAUGUUCUUUUGUGAUUUGUGCCGUGGAAGCCUAAUUUGUACAGUUCAAUAUGAUCUGAUUCUUUGUGUAUCUUGGUGCUCUAUGAUUUCCCCUUAAGGACCCUAAAAAUGAUCCAAUGCCACCUGCCAAUGUGAUUUGUUCAGAGGUGGGCUUCUUAAUAAAACUGAAGGUCAAAUCAAGUGAGCACCUUUAUAUUGUAUAUCUGCAGUUGAUCUCCUCAGAUUGGAUGAGUGUGUAGCUAAAUUGAUUGAAGGGCUUCAUGCACUCAUAUGUAAGCUUUUAUCCUCAUCUCUUUGUAGAUAUUCAACUACUGUUGGGCUUGUAUUCUGCAGCUAGGAGGAUCUUGAUGUUUCAAAACAGAACAAUUUGAUUGGUUUUAAAAUUCCUGGUUCAGUUUGACCUCCCGAAUGUACAUGUUCAUAUUAUUUUUAGAAAAAAACCUACUGUCAUUCUAGUCUUCUACCUCUGGAUGUCACUCAGUGCUUUAAAAUUUACUGUAGAGUGUCUGGCUGUUAGUGAUGUCUGCAAGGAAGUAGGACAUUGUUAACCUUCAGUACCUGUGCCACUCUGUCUACUGUUAUUUGAUUGUAUAAUCAUUUUCCUGCCAUAAAGCUCACCAUAGACAUUAGCAGUUAUAAACCUGUGAAGUUUAUGGGUGAUGUGUUAAUCUCUCCUGCCAAACAUCUCGCUCACAGGUCUUGCAAGAUUGCUGCUGUCUAGCCUGCCUUUCCCCUAGUGAAGCAACCUAGACUCCAGAAUAUUAAUCUGACCUUCUAUCACUGAUAGCUUUCAUCCUUGUGGCAUUUCUAAUGUGCCAGCAGAUCAAGAGCUCUUGUGUUCCACCAAACAAUCUUUUCCUACGUCACUUCAACAAUAACCGGAUUCUCAGCUAAAUCUCUAGUUGUCUCGGUGCCCUGUGUCGACACUUUAACCUCCAUCUCAGCAUUAGAAUGCAAGCCUAGAGAAAUGUGACAUUUGGCUCCUGUAACCCAAGCACUAAAUGAAACAACCAAUUGGUGUUGAUUAAUAUAGCAUUAGGAAAUGUUUCUGCAUGCUUCUCUGAAGUGAGGGUGGAAGCAGUGAUCACUUGCAUGUAUAUCCUCUAAUUCUGUCCCAGCACUCCACUCUAAAUAUUCUGCUCUGUUCUGUGUUAUUCAUUAGCCUCAGCAUUUUGAAGAAAUUUUGUAAUUCAUCACAUCUUUGUACUGAGCCGUAUUGUAAAGGGUGACACCUUGGAUAACUUGCAGGCCGUUCUUACAGUUAGGAAGGAGAUAAAAUGGCCACAAUGGUGAAACAGCACAAUUGUCACCUAAGUCUCACUCCCAAAUCCGUAUCUAAUUGAAGACCUUUUUUUUUCUCUCCCAUGACUCCAAAGUUGUCCCUGCUUGAAUUUUUUCUUGCUGUUCAUCAUUAUUCAUAACAGGAAAAGUGCAUAAAGCAGAGUAACUGUGGUAAAGAUUAAGCAGGUAACAAUGGUGUUGAUAACAAGGCAGACAAGCAAGAUCUUCCCCUCUCAACCCACAAAGCCCACUUCCAUUCAUUGGUUCUUUGGUAAAUGAUGACCAUCUCUGGACAGGUGGCUUGGAGUGUUUAUUUACUUGCCUGAUUUACAUGGUUAUUCACUUAGUUGUCAAUUAAUUUUACUAAUUUCCACUAUUAAUUUUGUAUGCAGAAAAAUGUCUCUAAGAAACUGUCAGUGUGUUCAGAAACUUGCCACAAGUUUCAUUUCAAUGUUCUUAAUCUUUUGCAGUUAAGUUAGCAUGGUCAAAAUAUUAAUUUUUUAAAAAUAAUUUCACAUGACCCUCUUUCUCCUCCUCCUUCCCUGCCAUUGCUCACUGCCUUUAGAAUUUCCAGACUUAUGGCAGCAUUGGCGGUGGUGUCCACUGCAGGGUAUCGUAGCUUCAAGGUGUUUUCGCAGGACAGGAGGGUCACCUGAAAGCAGAGCUAGCCAAUGGCUAACUAGCCAUUUCAGAGCUGAGAAUGCUCUGCUUGCUAACUUAGUUUUUCACCAGAAUUCAGUGCUAUUGCCUGCAGUUUGCUUUCAAUGUCUUGGUGUAACAAAGAAUUAAACCCUGUGCGACCACCCAUAUUUAGUAGAUUUCAGUGGUGUUUCUUGAAUCAUAUUUAUGUGUGUAUUAAAGAUUUGCUUGCUUGAGGCUCGUUCAUAUAAAGUGCUAUAAAGAAAUUGGAAACAUUUCGUGUGGGGAAUGGGGUUUCUUCAUAAAGUUGGAAUUCUAGCCUUGAGAAGAUAGCCUCUUAAAACUUAUGAAUAUUCUGCCCUUUAGUUUUGAGUUUAUAAUGGCCUUUGACCUGUCACUAAUGAGGAGCUAUCUUUGCCUGAUGCCAGACUGUCCAGUAAUAAUUUGAAUCCUUGUGACCAUCCUAAUUUUUCCAUGUUUGAUUUCCUAUGUCCAUCGGGCACUAAUGUUUGCAAAUGGCUAUUCCACACUGUAGCAAUCCUGCAGUAUCAUCCUGCGACUAUUGACAAGUGUUAAUAAAUUAAUGUCACUUGGAGAAACUUUACACCCGACUCAAGUAACUUCCGAACCUGACUGGGAUCAUUUGAAGCACAGUUCCCAUCAGCAAAAUACUUUUGUUAAGUGGUGUGUAAAUACAAGCUACAGCAUCCUGUUUUAUUAAAGUUAUUUUAAGUAUUGUAUUUGGUAAACUAAGGAUGAUUAUGACAAGUCACAAGAAUUAUCUGUAUCUUGUGAACCCACCCCGUUUGUGAAGGAUGCUUCUUCAUCAGUUUGGAUUUGCUGCUAUUUGCAUUUCAUAAUAUUGAAAUCAUUACCCAUGAUAAUUUACAGCUUGUAUGGUAGAAACCUAAAAGUAUGACAAAAGUGGACAAACACUUCAAAUUGAUCUAAAGUUCUCUGCUUAUUUUAGCAGGGAUGUUAACCAUUUAAUAUAGGCAGGUUAACACCAGUGUUAAACAUAAAGUAAGCAGAGGAAUGUCAUUGGAAUGCAGUAAACAGUCUUGUGGAUCUGCUAAACUGGUGCCUGUUAAAGUGAUUUGAAUGUCAAUACUGCUCAAGAUAAAUGGUUGCAGUUUAUCUAAAAGCAUUCCUGUUCUCAGGACAGUUGUAUUGACAGCUCUGAUUUGAGAAAUAGUCAUACUGUUCUAAAUUUGACAUUUACACCUUAAGCCAGUGCUUUUGCCUUGCCCAUAGGGUCUACUGCAUAUGUGCACAUCUCUGCUGCUCCUAGGACUGUUGGGGGCUUACAUUAUUCUCUGCCCUAAUAGCUAGUGAGAUUGUCAACAGACUUUAAAUUAUCAUGCCAUGCUGGGCUCAAAGCACAAAAGCUUUCUGCAUUGAAACAGGAAAUCAUGUUGCUUAUAAAUUCACACGCUUCCAUUCCUGUGGUGUUUACCUCUGACCUCUUCUCUUUCUUUCCAUUCCCUUUUUUCCCCCAACCCCAAAUGGAGGUCGAGUACAUUGAGAAGCCUUGGUGGUGACAGUGAUUUUCACAGUAGUUCCAUUGCAUUUGCUUAAAACUGAUGUGCCACUUAUUUCCUUUAAAAUGUCAUUUUAACUUUUUUUGUUUUAAACAAAAUGUUAUUGCAAUUGUUAAAGCAACACAAAUGGUGGCUUUGGAAGAUAUCAAAAUAGCAACAUCAAAUUUAUUAAGUCUUUAUCAGUUUCCUUGGGGAGUUGUCACAAAUAGCACAUGGAGUAAUUGUACAGGGAACCUGUAAGCCAAGUCCUAUAAGAAUCUUGGAGGCAAGUAAACAAGAACCAUCCCAACCGUAUUUCCCUUCCAUCUCACCUUCCUUUCCCACCUACCUGUGCUUUUGUAUAUAUUCAGUACUUCACUGAAGAACAAUCAAAAUGAAAUAAUUUCAAGAAAAAAGUACGAAGAGGGGCCUCCCUGCUGUGAGCCACUCUCCUGUUAUACGGGUGUAGGAUAUUUCUAAAGUUCUAACUGGGUGGAAUAUUUAUUAGGAGAUGUUGAAAUAUCAUAUUCUCUGUUUUGCAGAAUAACCACUUAGUGUUUUUAUGUUGCUUACCUAAACCUCCAUGGUCUAAAUCCUAAUAGUAUCUUAACAUGGUUCGAAUUUUAAAUUAGCUAUUUGGGGUCUUUUUUUUAAGGUGCCAUAUCAAGAUAAUCUCCUCAAUUCAUUGGAAUGACCCAAGGUGCAUAUUCUGAUUUUUAUCCUGCGCCCUUCCACAGAGUUUCCUUACUUGGGAUUCCUGCUUCUGACACAAUGUACUGUGGACUAUUUAAAAGGGUUACAACUUAAAUUGCUGGUUUACGUACACAAGGGGAACUAUGGUCUUAGCCUGUGUGUUGUGGUGCAAUUCUGUUUAAAUUUAGUCCUCCUUUAAAGAAUUUCCCUGUUUGCAGUAUUUGAACCAAAUCAGACACUAUCAACUAGACUUGUUAAAUGAUUAAUUUAUAUCUUAUUAACCUGCUUACCUUGUAUCCUCGUAUGAAACAUGAUAGACUAGAACAUGAGUGAGCAUUCCUACUUGAUCGCCCAUGUAUAUUUUAUCACUGAUAUUGUGAGGGGAAUAUUGAGAUUUUUUUUGUUGUUCAUACCUGUUUUGCCUUUGUUCAUCCAUAUUUUGGCAGCACUGCUUGAACUGGUCUAAUGGUCAACAAAUUGGUCAGUUGGGCUAAUUUUAGAGUCCAGCAUUAAUAUUCAGGAUCAUCCAAGUGGGAACAAAAGUAGAGGGCUGCUGAAGGGACACUCCACCUCCCAAGACUUGAGUUUAUUGUUGGGUAUGUGUGUCAUAUACAUUUAGUGACCAAAAUAUUUAGCAAAGCCACACAAAUUUGUGUAGGAUGCCUAAUAAUUCAGGUUAUGAUUUUUGUUCCUGGUGUUCUUGUUAAUAGAAAAUAAAUGCAGAAUUUUGUAAAGAUUUGAGUAAUUUCUCAGUUGAUGUUUUAUAGGAUUAUACCACUUGUAAAUAACAUUUUGCUGGUUGGUUCUUAAUCCUUGUACAGCUGAUUCUUAUUUUGAAUUUGUAGCUGCACAAAACAUGCUGUACUUCAGAAAUCUCAAUUAUACUUGAAUAAAGUUUUACUUUAAAUUUAAA